CCGCAAUGUUUCUGUUUAGAAGACACAAAUGAAUGUAGCUGACAUGGCCUUUAUAGCAGUGUGGGUGUGAAGGACCCAUUUAUUGUAGGAGGAUUAAAUUCUGCACAGAUUAAGCAGAGUAGCCUACGCUACAGACACAGGAUCAGCUUGCUCUGGGUGUCUGAAGAAGCUGGACCAAAAUGCAAAGCAUUAAGUGUGUGGUGGUUGGAGAUGGAGCUGUAGGGAAGACCUGCCUUCUAAUCUCCUACACCACCAAUGCCUUUCCUAAGGAGUACAUCCCUACUGUGUUUGACAAUUACAGUGCAGAGAUCACAGUACAAUCCAAACCCAUCAGUCUUAAUCUCUGGGAUACGGCUGGUCAGGAAGCCUACGACCGCCUGCGCACCAUAUCCUACCCCCAGACCAAUGUCUUCAUCGUCUGCUUCUCUAUCUCCAGUAUGACAUCUUUUGAGAACAUCAAGCUGAAGUGGUAUCCAGAGGUAUCGAAACACUGCCCUAAUGUACCCAUUCUUCUAGUAGGAACCAAAAAAGACCACAGAGAGGAUCCGGAAAUCUUGCAAAAAUUAAAGGAACAGAAACUGACCCCUGUCACUGAGCAGCAGGGUAAAGCUCUAGCUCGAGACAUCAGGGCUUUCAAAUACCUUGAGUGCUCAGCUCUCAAUCAAGAAGGGGUGAAGGAAGUAUUCGAAGAGGCUGUACAUGCUUACCUGAACCCGAAACCUGAGCGUAAAACAUUUUGUACAAUUUUAUAAAGACUUUAUUAUUUCAAACAUCAUUGUAAAAAAAAAAAAACACCUUUGGACUCAGUUAAGAGUCUCUCUGAAACAUGGACUUCAAGAUAACCUUUGAUUUAUUUCCCAUUUACUAAAAUACCAUGAAAAGGAAGUUGUUAGUACAGUUUAUAUACAGACUAAAAUAUCUUACACGUAUAUCAUCUCUACUGCUUCUCUUUUUCUACCCAUCCUGAGGCAUAGAGAUUGUACCAGCUCCAGUUGUGUUCUGCGUCAUGAAGAUUUCAGACCCUCAGUCUUGGGGUAUUUACAGAUGUACCACUUCAUGAAGUAUUCGGACAUUCUAAGAGCAGAUGCUACAGUAACUCCAUGUGAUCUUUGAGGACAACAACCUCCCUAUGAAUACACAAUUGUCAGACUGUAUAUGACUGUAGAAAGGACACAAUCACACCCUCCAGUGUCACCCACAUGAGGAUGAGGUUCACUUUUGAGUCUGGUUCCUCUCAAGGUUUCUUCCUCUUCAAUCUAAGCAAGUUUUUCCUCGCCACAGUCACCUGAGUCUCCUCAGACUUGCUCAUUGGAGAUAAAUACAAACACAUUUAAAUAUGUCUAAUAUUAAUAAUUUUAAUAAUUUGUGUAUAAAAUUAACCUUUUUUGUACUAUAUUUCUUAUGUACUGUAAAGCUGCUUUGAGACAACUUUCACUGUUAAAAGCGCUACACAAAUAAAUUUUGAAUACGAAUUGAAUUGACAUUUAAGUUUGAGAGUAAGAAAUGGACGAGUUCUGGCUUCCUCAACAUCAGUCACAUCUCUCUGGUUCAAACAUAUGACUUGACUCGAGUCAGUGAGUCAGACUUAAGUUGCAAAUUUGAGACUUGAGACUUGACUCAGGCUUGAGUUAAAUUAUUCAGAAAUGGGGGACUCGACUUGACUCGAGUCAGACUUAAGUCGGAAAUUUGAGACUUGAGACUUGCUUGACAAAUAUUAAAAAAGACUCGACUUGACUUUGACUUGACAUUCAUGACUUGAGACUUGACUCAGACUUGAGUUAAAUGAUUCAGAAAAAUGGGGGACUCGACUUGACUCGAGUCAGACUUAAGUCGGAAAUUUGAGACUUGAGACUUGCUUGACAAAUAUUAAAAAAGACUCGACUUGACUUUGACUUGACAUUCAUGACUUGAGACUUGACUCAGACUUGAGUUAAAUGAUUCAGAAAAAUGGGGGACUCGACUUGACUCGAGUCAGACUUAAGUCGCAAAUUUGAGACUUGAGACUUGCUUGACAAAUAUUAAAAAAGACUCGACUUGACUUUGACUUGACAUUCAUGACUUGAGACUUACUUGUGACUUGCACAUGUGUGACUUACUCCCACCUCUGGUUCAAACCAAUCAUUAUUUUUGAUAGUCAAACAUUUUUGUUUCUAUCCCAAUACUAGUAGCCUAAUUGAAAGCAUCCCAGCCCUGAACAGGCAGUUACUGAAGAUGAUGCAAUAACUAAUAGAUUUGUUCUGACCAUUUCUCAUAUCUCCUGCUUGUUCUGUCAUACUUCAGUCAUGAUGCACUCCUUAAUUCUCAGAAGAUGUCAUAUGAUCCCUUGCAUGUGACUGUCCUAUGACCACCUUUCAUGAUUUGUAAUGAAACACACAUGAAAUUAGUCACUGCUAAUUUCUUACAUGUUGCUACUGAAUCAUCGGUAUAACAGAUGUGAAUGGUCACUUACUCAUCCAAUGUGGUGGUGUAGGAGUUUCCAGUAUGUAGUAUUCUGUUAGUGAGGAAAAAUAAUAAUACCAAUUUUAAUUCCAGGCAUCAAUACCGGCCAUAUGAGUGAGAUUUAACUUAACCUGCAGGAUUUGAUUCAGAUAUUCUGUGAUACUUAUGUGUUAAUUUAUGCAAUUAAUAAAUU